CGGCUGAGUCCGUAGCCCCCGCGGGGGAGGAAGGAGCAGGCUGGCCCCCGGGGCGCGCAGAAGCAGCAUGGCUUUCGGGAAAAGUCAGAAGGAUCCUUUCGGCACAGCCGUGGGGCACCUGAUCGAGAGAGCAACGGUGGGUACGCUGCCCGCGGAGGAGUGGGGUCUGUUUAUGCACAUCUGUGACUUUAUUAACACGACGGAGGAGGGGCCUAAAGAUGCAGUAAAAGCACUAAAGAAAAGGAUUUCCAAAAACUGCAACCAUAAGGAGAUUAGAUUCACCUUGUCUCUUCUCGACAUGUGCAUGACAAACUGUGGCUCAAGCUUCCGUGCCUUAGUUGUGAAGAAAGACUUCUGCAAGGACAAGCUGGUGAAACUGCUGAAUCCAAGAUACAAUUUGCCAACUGAAAUGCAAGAAAAAAUCUUGGCCUUUAUCAGGACCUGGUCCUACGAGUUCCAAGGAAUCGUGGAUGUGAGUGAAGUGAAGGAAGUGUACCUGGAACUGCUAAAGAAAGGAGUGCAGUUUCCAUCUUCUGAUGCCAACUCAGGGACACAAAAGCAGCAAGCUUCAUCUUGGCCCUCUGAAAAGCCAUUGCCUCCUUCUACUGCCUCUGUGAAAAGUAUUGCGGUGCCUCAUCCCCCAGUUCCAACAAUAACACUGACUCCUGAACAGGCAGGGAAGAUCUACAGCGAACUGGAUAUGGCGAAAAUGAAUACGAAAGUCAUGUCGGAGAUUUUAAAGGAAAAUGUGCCUGGCUGUGAGAAUCUUGACGAUAUGGUGCUCUUACAGAAACUGUACAAGACGUGUCGGGUGAUGCAGGAGAGGAUUGUGGAGCUGCUGCUGGCAGUGCAGAAUGAAGAUGUGGUAGCUGAAUUAAUACAAGUGAAUGAAGAGCUGAAUAACGUUCUCCUGGGACAUGAAAGGUUCUCUCGAAACAGAGUCCGUUUCUUGGAGAAUCAGAGAAUCCAGCGUGAGCACACAGAGAUCUAUAGCAAACAACCAUCUGCUCCGUCGUGUGAUUUACUUGACAUCAAUUCAAGUUCUUCAUUUCCCAUGUCAGCAUUGGUGGGAAAUGGCCCUGAGACUCCUCAGUUUUCAAAAUUAAAUUGCAGAUCUACAAGUGCUACAGAGCCAAGCAACCAUCAUCCUUUGCUCUACCCUCAGCUAAAUUUACUAGCUACAGCAAACGCUCAACAGCCCUCGUUUGCAACUGAACCACAAAGCACAAGCCAAAAUCUCCCUGGUGGUCAGACCUACCAAAACCUUGCCACGGUUUUAAACCCAGUGCCUUUGCAGACAGUAAAUCUUCAAACAGUUAAUGCCUCAUCGCAGAAUGAGGCACCAUCAGAUAUGUCAAAGAGCAGUUCACAGGCACCUCAUUAUUAUGAGGUGAUGGAAUUUGAUCCUUUAGCACCAAGCUAUGGCACAGAAGCUAUUUAUGAAGAAAUUGAUGAUUAUAUCUCCAAGUCAGAAGUUAAAGGGCAAUGCUAAGGGUGGAAGAUGAAUUCUCUUAAUGAACAUAAAAGUUAUUCUCUGAUGCCAGCACUAGACACUGCUUUCUGUAACUGACAGGUGAAUUCAAAGGAAAGUCUUGUUUGAUAUUCAAAACCUAGAAAAUAAGGGGUCUUACCUCCUAUCCAGUUCCAUGUGUUAGGAGCUUUCAAUUUGGAUAACUGACACUGUAUAUAAGCUAAGUAGGCCCCAAGCAUGCAUACACUUAUUUUUCAAGAGGAUUAUCUGUGUAUAUUUGUAGGAUUGGGGCCUGAAACAAAGUUGUAUACAGAGUAAUACACUCUGCCACUAACGAGCAGAACAGAAGUAGUUUUCAAUUACAGAGAAAAACUUUCCUUUAACUGACGCGCUGUUUUUUAUGCGGCAAAAAAAAACAACUGGAACUUCAUAAUUUAAUCAGUUUGUUAUCAUUAUUUGCCCAAUUGACACCACUAUUGUGAUUAACACCAUCCUAAAACGCAGAAGGGAUUCUGUAUCUAGGGCCCUCCUAUAUUAUUUGUGGUCAAUGCAGAUGUUACUUUAUUCUACAACCUGGUUGGUUGAAGUGUCUAUUAUAAAACAAAGAAAAAAUAGAUUUACAUUAUAUACAAGUUUUUGUUCAACAUACAAGUUAAUGGGUUUUGUCUUAAAGACACCCUCUAAGUGCUGUUUUUAUAUUUGAAUUCUUAAUCCUAUGAGAAAUUAUUUGUAGUGAUGGAAAAAAACAAAUACAUUUCCAUAUUGCUCAUCAAAUUAUUUUAAGUACCUUGAUCAUUUAAAAGUGCCACUUUUAUUAGCAGGGUUAAAGUGCCUUCCAUAUUUAUGUUGAAUGUAAAGCUUGCACUUUACUGAAAGACAUAGUAGCACUCUUUGUUGAAACUUGUGAUAUAAAACUUAGUUAAGGUUUUUGUGGCUGGCAAGUCAGACUAAGAUUUUUUUUUUGAAUUUGUGCAUUUAAAGUUGAAUUUUAACUUCAGAAAUGUAAGCAUUAUUAAAUUAUAUUAAAUUUCCAAUGGUUACUGUCUUUUAUAAUAUAAAACCAGAGGGGAAAAAUUACUGUAUUAAUAGAAAACGACCACCUUGCCAUUUGGAGUUAUAUUUGUCAUGCCCAAAGGGUGAAAUAUCCAUCCUGGUGACACCAUCCCACUGAAAGUAGGUGUGUGUGAAUGUGUGUGGGUGAGGAUAGGCCUCCAGUGGCCAACAUACCCAAUUGCUCUAGAGACCAGCUUUCUGGCUUACACAGAGCUCUUCUCAGGGCUGGAAUGCUGUAGCUUUCUCUCACCAACAGAAUUUGGUCCAAUAAAAUAUGCCACUUCACUUACCAUGUCUCUAAUAUCCUGGGACUGAAUGACAGCACGUGUGCAAGCUGCCCUACUGCCGCAAGGCCUUUAUAUGUAAAUCACAGACCCAUUUAAGAAACAUCUUGUCUCUAGUGAGAUGCCAUCUACAGCUUCAGAAUAAGGAAUAGUUUUACACUUUUUAUUGUCACUAGAUUUGAUUAGACAACAGAGUUUCCCUCUGAAUUGGGACAAAGUAAAAAAAAUUUAACUGGGAGAAGUCUCAAAUCCAUUUUAGAAGUAAAAUGGAAUUUUCCAGCUUGCUGCUCAACUCACUUAAAAGGAAAAUUCCCAGCCAACUCCAUGGUGUGCUGAUUUUUUGGGGGGGAAGGGAAGAGAUAGCAUAGCUACCUCACGAAAAGCUUAUAAUUUUAUAUAUAAGUACUU